AUGAAGGUUUCUACAGUUGUUAUUGCGCCGUUACUCAUUGCGGUUGCGCAGGCGAGUUUGGUGGAUGUAGUCGGCGGUCGAGAGAAUUCUGGACUUGAACGCAGACAAAGAAGUGGUCCACCGCCACCAGAAUUUGACGGUCAUAGAGGUCCACUGCCACCGGGUCCUAGAGGCAGUCCUAGGGAUGGUCCUCGAGAGGGUCUAGAUGAUGGCCCUCCGCGAGGCGGCCCAGGAUCUCCUCCACCAAGGGAUGGACCUCAGGGAGGGCCUCCACCACCAAGCCCAAGAAGAAGACCAGGUGGUCCACCUCCAGGCCCUAGACCUCGUGCACUGAACACCCUUGAUCAUCAACCAGGUGGACGUGAUAGAGACGGUGAAGCUAUGCGUCCACCACCACCUGAGUUCGAUCGCGGAAGGCCAGCCCCGCCUCCAGGGCGCAAGCUGGCUCCACCACGUGAACUAGAAUUCCUACCACCUCAGCGAGAAGACUUUGGGGCCCACCGAGGCGGUUCUAGGGAUGGAGAUAGAAGACCACCAUUGCCGAUUCCACCUAAACAUAAGGCUAUCAAGGGUGUUCCGCCACCGCGAGAACUUAGAAAACGUCAGCUGCCACCAAAUAGACGACCGGAAGGUCCACCAAUGCCAAUUGUCCCUCCCCCAAAGAUCGGUGGCCGUCCUCCUCCACCUCUUCAACGUGCGUCCCUUAAGCCACCCCCAUCAGGCCCAAUGCCAAAGCUUCCCCCGCCGCCGAACAAGCCUCGUGGACUUGAAGCCGGUGGCAAACCGACUACUCUCCUUAGACAGGUCCGUUCUGCUCCGACCGGGCUUCCUGAUAUUGAAGUUUUGAGGAGAUCUAUCGAGUAUGAAGUAUAUGGGGAGCUGUUGUAA